AUGUGCAACGCCAUUGGACAGCGCCGGGCGCGGCUCCGGCCUCUGAUUGGUCGGCGGGGAGGGGGCGGGACCAGCGGUGCUCGCAUCAACUUGGAGGAGGCCAGGGAGAUUUGGCACAACAUGAAGGACCUGGAUGGAGAUGUGGAAAAGAAAUACAAGAUGACUUGUGAUGGAUAUUUGAAACUCUGGCAGCUCAGCAAACCCCAGCUCUCAGGAUACGACGCCAUUUUUGUGGAUGAAGCUCAGGAUUGCACACCAGCCAUCGUGGAUAUCGUACAAUCCCAAAAAUGUGGGAAAAUCCUGGUGGGAGACCCUCACCAACAGAUCUACACAUUCCGAGGGGCCGUCAACACCCUCUACUUGCUGCCCCACAGCCACGUGUUCUACCUGACCCAGAGUUUCCGCUUUGGGCCCGAAAUCGCCUACGUGGGAUCCACGAUCCUGGAUUUGUGCAAAGGGAUCCGCGGGAAAACCCUGCUGGGAGGGACCCAAAAGGGAGACGUGAGGGGAAGCUGGGCCGGGUCGGUGGCGCUGCUGUCCCGCAGCAACUGGAACGUGUUCGAGGACGCCGUGGAAUUCUCUGGGAGAGACCCCCCAGCCAAAAUCCACAUUAUUGGGGGUUUGCAGCGUUUCGGGCUGGGCAGAAUUUUGGACAUUUGGAAGCUGAGCCAACCCCCAGAGCUCAGGAAAAAUGCCAACCUGGAGAUAGAGGAUCCGUUCAUCCGGCGCUGGGAGGCGUCGGGCGGCUUCCCGGCACUGCGGGAAUUCGCCGCCUGCGUUCAGGACCGAGACCUGGAAGGGAAAAUUUCCAUCGUGGAAAAAUACCGGGAACGGAUCCCGGAGCUGCUGAGGAGGAUCAAGGACAGCCACGUUUCCCAGGAAUCCCUGGCAGAUUAUCUCCUCGGGACCGUGCACCAAGCCAAGGGCCAGGAAUUCGACAGCGUUUGGGUCGCGGAUGAUUUUGUGCAAAUCUCGUCCAUGAGCUCCCAAAAUCCAUGGAUUUCUCCUUCCCUUGCAGGCCAGGUCCCUGAGGACGAGUGGAACCUGCUCUACGUGGCCGUGACGAGAGCCAGGAAAUGCCUGCUGAUGUCCAAAUCCCUGGAGAGCCUUUUAAGCCUGGCCAGAGAACAUUUCCUCCGGGUGGAGCUGCUGAGUGAGGCUCCCCCAUCUCCCAUCCCUUGUUGUGUAUUGGAAUGUACAAAAUCCCUGGAAUUCCGCUCCGGGCUGGUGGUGAAGAAGCUCCCGUUGAGUCGCAGCGACGGCAGCCGGGAUCUGGGGGGAUUCCUGUGCCAGGCUUGCACCCAGCAAUUCUUUGGCUCCCUGGCUCCGCUCGUCUCGUUCCCAACGAUCCAGGAAAAGCCCUGACAGAGCCUCCAGCU